AGAAGAAGAACGGCUAAGAAACAAAAUUCGAGCUGAUCAUGAGAAAGCCCUGGAAGAAGCAAAAGAAAAAUUGAAAAAGUCAAGAGAAGAAAUCCGAGCAGAAAUUCAGACAGAGAAAAAUAAGAUAGCCCAAGAAAUGAAGAUGAGAGAGAACAAGCCACUGCCACCAGUCCCUGUACUCAACCUUGUAGGAAUAAAUGGUGGAGACCCAGAAGAUAAUGACAUAAGAAAGAAAAGGGAAAAAAUUAAAGAGAUGAUGAAACACGCCUGGGAUAAUUAUAGGAUGUAUGGAUGGGGGCAUAAUGAGCUCAGGCCCAUUGCAAGGAAAGGACACUCCACUAACAUAUUUGGAAGUUCACAAAUGGGUGCUACUAUUGUAGAUGCUUUGGAUACCCUUUAUAUCAUGGGACUUCAUGAUGAAUUUCGAGAUGGGCAAAAAUGGAUUGAAGAUAAUCUUGAUUUCAGUGUGAAUUCAGAAGUGUCUGUGUUUGAAGUCAACAUUCGAUUUAUUGGAGGCCUGCUUGCUGCAUAUUACCUUUCAGGAGAAGAGAUAUUCAAGAUCAAAGCAGUACAACUGGCUGAGAAACUCCUUCCUGCCUUUAACACACCUACUGGAAUUCCCUGGGCAAUGGUGAAUCUAAAAAGUGGAGUAGGACGAAAUUGGGGCUGGGCAUCUGCUGGUAGCAGCAUUCUGGCUGAAUUUGGUACCCUACAUAUGGAGUUUGUCCACCUCAGCUACUUGACAGGGAACCCAGUUUACUUCAAAAAGGUCAUGCACAUUCGAAAACUACUGCAGAAAAUGGAUCGUCCAAAUGGUCUUUAUCCAAAUUAUUUGAACCCAAGAACAGGGCGCUGGGGUCAGUAUCAUACAUCAGUUGGUGGACUGGGAGACAGUUUUUACGAAUACUUACUCAAAGCAUGGUUGAUGUCAGAUAAAACAGACCAUGAGGCAAGAAAAAUGUAUGAUGAUGCUAUUGAGGCUAUAGAAAAACAUCUUAUUAAGAAGUCCCGUGGAGGCCUUAUCUUUAUUGGAGAAUGGAAGAAUGGACAUUUGGAAAAGAAGAUGGGACAUUUGGCCUGUUUUGCUGGGGGAAUGUUUGCACUAGGAGCAGAUGGUUCCAGAACCGAUAAAGCUGGUCAUUAUUUAGAACUUGGAGCGGAAAUUGCACGAACAUGUCAUGAAUCAUAUGACAGAACUG